AUGGCUGCUCUUCGCACUUCUACAUUGAUGAUCAUAACACAAGUGUUAUCCAUUUCUUUCUUCUUACUUCAUCAGUCUCCCUUGCCCGCAAUCACUGUCCCUACAUUGAACAUCGAAGCUCCAUCCAGUUUAGUUAAUAGAGUUUGCAAAAUGACCACCAUUUGUAGCUACAAAGAUUGCAUAGCUGCUCUCGCAUUAGACCCCAGGGCCUCAUCCACAUCAAACCCAAAAGCCCUGGCAAAGAUAGCUCUAAAGUUGGUUGUAUCUAAUUCCACAAACAGCAAAAAAUACAUCGAAGCAAUGGCUAAGAAGCAAUGCUUUUCGCUCAGUUUGAAGUCGGCCCUUGAGUACUGUGUUUCCCAGUAUGAAAGUGUUGUAAUUCCAUCAUUCAAAAUGGCUUUGAAAGAAGUAGAUGAGGAUCCUUUGACUGCAAACUAUGAUGCAAAAGUUGCUUCUGAUGGUGCAAAUUACUGUGAAGAGAAGUUGAGCUGUGAAGGUUGUCAUGAUGUUGCUUCAAUCACAACUAGAAAUUAUUAUGUGAAGAUUUAUAGCGACAUUGGAUUUGCUGUUACUAAUAUGAUAAGCCCAGUUGAUCAUUAA